GUCAGUAGCGUUCAGGCGUUAGCUUCUGCUCUACUUCGAAAGUAAUGUCUCUGGUGCCGCUGAUAUUCAGGGAUUGGUGGGACGACUGGGACCGGGAGAGACCAUCAAGGCUCCUCGACCAGCACUUUGGAAACGUUCUAAACCGUGACGACCUGAUAAACGCCUCUUCGCUCAUUCGACCUACUGGUUACUUCAGGCCUUGGAGGCACCAGCUCAAUCGUGGAACCUCUAACAUAACUGCUGUCGAUGACAAAGUUCAAGUAGUGCUAGACGUUCAACAAUUCGCACCUAACGAAAUAUCAGUGCGAACUGUAGACAAUGUUGUGAUAGUCGAGGGUAAACACGACGAAAAGAGGGAUGAACACGGCUACAUCUCGCGACACUUCGUCCGGAAAUACCUGCUUCCAAAGGACGUCAUUAUGAGCGAGAUUACGUCUGCUCUUUCCUCCGACGGGAUCCUAACCAUUAAUGCCCCAAAGCAGCUGCCCCAGGAUUCCAGAACGGAAAGAGAGAUUCCAAUAAUUCAGACAGGAUCACCAGCCAUCAAACCAUCAACAGAAACCAAUAUAAAAAUAGAGCAAGUUAAUUAAAACUACUUUUGCUAAAUUAAUGACCGAAUAAUAUAUUAUUACUUAUUAAAUAUACAUCUUUCUGAAUA